AUGGUAACCAACCAGGUUGUGCUCCUCCUGAUGCUCUCCGUCCUGUGGCCCAGCAGCGCCCUGCCCUUCACACCCGGGAAUAUUGGGAAACUGUUUGGGAUGGCGGAGAGCGAUGGGCGGAUUCUCCAGCGCUCCAAACGGGGAUGGAUGUGGAAUCAAUUCUUUCUGCUGGAGGAAUACGCAGGAAACGACCAUCAAUAUGUCGGCAAGCUGCACUCCAACAUGGACAAGGGGGGGGGCAACGUGAAGUACGUCCUGACGGGAGAAGGGGCGGGAACCUUGUUCCUGAUCGACGAGAAGUCCGGGGACAUCCACGCCACCAAGAGGCUGGACCGGGAAGAGAAGGCCAUGUACACGCUCGUGGCCAAAGUCCUGGACAGGAACACCAACGCGGAGCUGGAGCCGGACACCGAGUUCAACAUCAAGAUUCACGACAUCAACGACAACGAGCCCAAGUUCGCCAAAGACAUCUACUUCGCCAGCGUCCCUGAGAUGUCGGAAGUUGGUACAUCUGUUGUCACCAUCACUGCCAAUGAUGCCGAUGAUCAAACGUAUGGGAACAGUGCCAAGCUGGUAUAUAGCAUUCUGCAGGGACAACCCUAUUUCUCUGUGGAUUCUGAAAAUGGCACCAUUAAGACGGCCCUGCCCGGCAUGGACCGAGAGGUGAAGGAACACUACCAGGUGGUGAUCCAGGCUAAAGACAUGGCCGGACAGAUGGGGGGGCUUUCAGGGACCACCACGGUCAGCAUCACGCUGUCCGACGUGAACGACAGCCCGCCGCGCUUCGCCAACCAUUCCUUCCGUAUGACGGCCGUGGAGUCGACGGAGGUCGGGGGGGCGAUCGGCCGCAUCAAGGCCGACGACCCGGACGUCGGGCGGAACGCGGAGAUGGAGUACAGCAUCGUGGGAGGUCACGAUAUGUUCAACAUCAUCACUGACCAGAUCACACAGGAGGGAAUCGUCAUCAUCAAAAAGGGCCUGGAUUAUGAAAGUAAGAGGGACUACGAGUUCAGAGUGGAGGUGAAGAACACCUACCUGGACGCCAGGUUCAUCCAGGGCCUGCAGUUCAAAGACUACGCCACGGUCAAGAUCACCGUGGAGGACGUGGACGAGUCGCCCGUCUUCACCCGGAACCCGUACGUCAUCGAGGUGCACGAGGACACGGCGGCCGGCAGCUUCGUGGGCGUGGUGUCGGCCAGGGACCCGGACGCCGACAACAAGCCGGUCAAAUACUCAAUCGACCGGCACACGGAUCUGGAGAGGUUGUUCAACAUCGACUCGGUGAACGGGACCAUCACCACCAUGAAGGCUCUGGACAGAGAGAUGUCCAAAUGGCACAACAUCUCCGUGGUGGCAACAGAAAUCAAUAAUCCCCGUCAGACCACGCGAGUGCCCGUCUUCAUCAAGGUGUUGGACGUCAACGACAACGCUCCGGAGUUCGCGAUGUCCUACGACACGUUUGUCUGUGAGAACGUCAAAGCCGGACAGCUGAUUCAGACGAUCAGCGCCGUGGACACGGACGAACCUCUCGUCGGACACAAGUUCGUCUUCAGCAUGAGCGCCAGCAACCCCAACUUCACCAUCGACGACCGACAAGGUGAGAUACAGACACUUCAUGAUGCUCAAACUAAUGUGAACAGCUCGGCCCGUGUGCGUCUCUCCGCAGAUAACACCGCCAACAUCCUGACGCGGAGGGGCGGCUUCAGUCGGCGUGAGAUGAGCGUGUACUUCCUGCCCGUGGUGAUCUCCGACAACGACUACCCGAUCCAGAGCAGCACCAGCACGCUCAUCGUGCGCGUGUGUGCGUGCGACAGCCGAGGGAACAUGCAGUCGUGCAACUCGGAGGUCCUGCCCUUCUCCGACGGCCUCACCACGGGAGCGCUGGUGGCCAUACUGCUGUGUGUCAUCAUCCUCCUCAUGAUCGUGGUGCUGUUCGCCGCCCUGAGGAGACAGAGGAAGAAGGAGCCUCUGAUCAUCUCCAAGGAGGACGUCAGAGACAACGUUGUCAGUUACAACGAUGAAGGCGGCGGAGAGGAGGACACUCAGGCCUUUGAUAUCGGAACGCUGCGCAACCCGGAGGUGAUGGAUGCUAACAAGCUGCGCCGGGACAUCAUACCCGAAAUGCUCUUUCCCUUUCGGAGGACAUCACCUAUAAAGGAUAACGCGGACGUCAGAGACUUCAUUAACGGGCGGCUGCAGGAGAACGAUACGGACCCCACGGCCCCCCCCUACGACUCGCUGGCCACGUACGCCUACGAGGGCGGCGGGUCGCUGGCCGAGUCCCUCAGCUCGCUGGAGUCCGGCGCCACGGAGGGCGACCAGGAUUACGAUUACCUCAGCAACUGGGGGCCGCAGUUCAAAAAGUUGGCGGAGAUGUACAUCGGGAAGAGCCCGGACAGAGAGACCUAG